AUGUUUUCCAGUAUGAGCGGCUUCGACGCUGCGUUGUGCCGCGCAGAUGCAGUUUAUUGGAAGAACAUCGCUCGCCGGAAGGUGGCCCUGAACGGCGCGCUACAACCCAAGAUGUGGAACCCCGUGCGAAUGAAGGAGAUGGUGCUCAUCCCCACCUACCCGUGCGCUAUCAAUGAACGCAUCGGCAAAUGGGGCGACGGCGGAAAGUGGACGUGCCUUCUGCCCAACGCCAUUCAGAAGACCAACCCUGUUGUGUACAGCAUUGGGAGCUUUGGCAUGUACUCGUUUGAGGAGCACAUGCACAACAUACUAGGCGUGAAGCCCUACACCUUUGACCCCUUUCUCGAUCCCGCCAAGCUGGAAAUUAUGAAGAAUGUCACGUGCCUUCACUUCCACGAAAUCGGCAUGUCUGGGGCCGCAUCUCUCGCCGGCUACAAGAAGAACUCUCCUGACAAAAAGUUUUUGACGCUGCCCGAGAUGAUGAAGGAGUUGGGGCAUACUUAUGUGGACGUGUUCAAGAUUGACUGCGAGGGGUGCGAGGUGGAAUUGAUCAAGGACCUGGGAGCGGCGUAUGAGAAUACUGGGAAUAAGCUCGCGCUGCAUGGAGGGAAGUUGCCCUUUGGACAGAUCCUCAUCGAGAUGCACAACAUGAACAGUGCCCCUAUUUCCCUCGAGACCUUCUACACUCUAGAGAGGCUCGGCCUUGUGAAACCCUCCAGCGAGACUGACUGCCGACCGUUCGUUACUCUUGAAAUUGAUGAGGAUGAGGGGAAGGAGAAGACUGGGGGUGGGGCUGCAGGUGGCAAGUAG